CCGACUGAUGUGAAAAUUUUCUUAAACAUUACAAAUGUGAUAAUAUUGUGUGAAUAUUACAUAGAAACCGAAGAAUACAGGAUCAACAUAAUAUUAAUAAGUACCUUUCUUUUAAGAUAGCUUUAAGAAAGUAAGAGUAAUGCAAUCGUAGUAUUCAUCUCUUGCUGAUCGUCAAAUAGCUUUCGAUCGUAUUUUCGCACGUCCUAUUACAAACAAUUACAAGUUUUUGCAGCGAGUUAGCUGUUCCCAAUAUUGGAAAUAGUGUAAGAAGUGUAAAAGUGUAGUGGUGCAUCGUGGUGCAGUGCAGUGGUGUCGGUCGAAAUGUAUCAGUGAGGACGGCGAGUGCCGAGCGAGGGUUCCCGGGUGUCAUGUUGGAGACGCGGUCGGUGCGUACCGCUGACUCGGUGUGGGCGAACAAGCCGCUGCCGGCGCCUCACGCCAUGGCCAACUCCAGGCACGGGAAAAACACCCAGGACGACGUGUGCUACGUAGUGGCGAAGUACGAUUAUGCAGCCCAAGGAGCUCAGGAGCUGGACCUGCGGAAGAACGAGCGUUAUCUUCUUCUCGAUGAUUCCAAGCACUGGUGGCGCGUGCAGAACGCUCGCAGCCAGUCCGGCUAUGUGCCCAGCAACUAUGUAAAGAAAGAGAAACCUUCGCUUUUCGACAGUAUCAAGAAGAAGGUGAAGAAGGGCUCGGGCUCGAAGACGCUGCCGUCCAACAGCUCGCCCGUGCGCGGCGCGGGGCCCGAGUCGCCGGGCGCGCGGCGCGCCGAGCCGGCCGACGCGCUGGGCACGGCCGUCGUCAAGUACAACUACCAGGCGCAGCAGCCCGACGAGCUGUCGCUCACCAAGGGCACGCGCAUCCUCAUCCUCGAGAAGAGCAACGACGGCUGGUGGCGGGGGCAGUACCAGGGACACGCGGGAUGGUUUCCGUCGAACUACACGAGCGAGGAGGGCGACAACGAGGACACCGUGCACACGUACGCCAUGGCGGAGAACGUUUUGGAUAUUGUUCAUGCACCGUCAUUCCAGGUCGCACUGUACUCGUUCACGUCGAACAACGAGCAGGAGCUGUCGUUCGAGAAGGGCGACCGCCUGGAGAUCAUCGAGCGACCGCCGUCCGACCCCGAGUGGUACCGAGCGAGGGAUAACCGCGGACAGAUCGGCCUCGUGCCCCGCAACUACCUGCAGGAGCUCGCCGACUACCUAACGCAGCCCUACAGCGAGGCGGGCGAGGGCGGCGGCGCGGCGGGGCGCGCGUGGUACUACGGCGCCAUCACGCGCACGCACUGCGACGCGCUGCUCAACCAGCACGGCCACGACGGGGACUUCCUCAUCCGGGACUCCGAGACCAAUGUUGGAGAUUUCUCCGUAUCUCUGAAGGCGCCCGGUCGCAACAAGCACUUCCGAGUGCAAGUGGAGGGCAACCUGUACUGCAUCGGACAGCGCAAGUUCAACACGCUGGAGCAGCUGGUGGCGCACUACCAGCGGGCGCCUAUCUACACCAACAAGCAGGGAGAGAAGCUCUACCUCGUGCGCCCGCUGCCGCGCGCCGCGCAGAACUGCUGAGCGCCCCCCCCCCCCAACAUAUCGAUUGCUAACUGACGGCCUCACUAUAUAACUAUAGUAGCUGAAAACCUAAAGAUACCUCAAUAUAUCAUAGGCUUUAUCUUAUCAUCAUUGACAUGUCAAAAUUAAGUAAUCAAUUUCAAUUUAUAUUUAUUCAAAUUUGUAAAUAAACUUCUGUAAGUAAAGUAAGUUUUGCUAAAAAAAUCCGGUUAACCUGUUACGACACUUUAAUUACGAAAGUUAGCAAUCGAUGUUCAUACAUUACUGUUUCUCAACAAGUUAUAUACAAUUUUGUUUUGUAUAAAUUCCAUUACUUAAUUUUUUUUUUCUAAUAACUAACAGUAAAAAAAUGAGGCCUAAACAUUUUAAGGCUUACCCUUUCAUGUCUUGGUCAGUGAAUUGCACUUAGUUAAAAAAAAUUGGGUAAUGACGUAAUCGAUGAUGAAAACACCAAAUCUCAUCAAUAAGUUUUCAUCGUUGUAAUUUUAGACGAAAAGUGCCGCAUCGAACUCAUAUAUUUUAACCUAACGGCAAUUUGUAGGUAUAGGGGGUAAGGAAUAUUGAACGGACUUAUGCAUCCUAAUCAAGUAAACCAAAUCUAAUUGGGUUUAGGCAAAUUAAUUAGAGUAGACGUCGAACGCACACGUAGUGCCGUUUUGAAGCUUCAACUUCGAGUUACUUUAUACCGACCGACACUCGCGUGAACUGUUAGACUGACUGUCUGUGAAGUGAGAUGACUCAGAAACUAAUUCUUUUGGAGCUAAAUUCAAUGCUAUAUAUUAUUAUAUGACAGUAAUAAAUUUAUAAUUUUGUUUUUAUUUAUGUAGCUAUUGAAUUGAAGUGCUGAUAGUAAAAUAUUAAAUUAAGAUCAAAAAUCUUAAAUAAAUAUAGAAUAGUUACACUUGCUUAAAUUUAAAUAAACACCUCAGACCUAAGAAGAACCGAAUUUUUUAACAUUACACUUUUAUAAGAAGUUUCACUUCUUUCAAUAUAAUUAUGAGGUUGUUUAAAAAUUGUAAAAAUUUAUUUUAAAAUUAAUAUUUAUGAUAGAUAGGUAAUCUGAGCGAGAGUAUCCAUUCACAACAAUUGUUCUAACAGUUUAUGUGAAGCAUCGUCAGAUAUUUUACAUAUAGAAUGUUCUAUAAACGGGGUGUAUACAUCCGGAGUCCCCGAUAAUUAUAUAAUUAUGUAGAAUAAUAAGGCGUUGAUACAACGCCAAAAUAUUAUAAUUAUUACAAUAAUAAACCAAAAACGGCUUCUUCAUUCUCUAUUAUAAAUAAUACAUAAGAGCGAUUUCUAUAUCAUAUUAUUUGAUAAGUAAUGUAGUGUAAUUUUUAAAUGUUUUUUUUUUUAUAUAUAGAUAAACUGUGUUUUAUGUAAUGUACUCAUAGUUCCAUAGUUAGCCUGCGUACACACUGAACAAUUUAUAUUAAAAUAACAAGCAAAUUUACUCCAAGUGUGUACACAGAUUUAGUGUAAUCUAUGAUAAAGUAUGUUCAAUUGCGUUUCCUCCGGACUCAUGUCGUUCUAUUCUAACGUUUUAUUUUAGAAAGGAACGAACGUUAUAGUGAUGUGAUAAGUUCGAAUAAUUUGAUUUCGAAGUCUAUUGGAACUUAAAAAGUCGAUUAUCGUUGAAUAUACGUACGUAAAGACCGAAUAACGAUUACUCGAGUAACUUGGAACUUUAAAUGAAUAAAUGAGUCUUAAAUGACACCAAUAAUUAUUAUUAAAUAUAAGGUACACAUUGUCAUAAUGUAAAUAAAUCGAAUCAGUAAUCGAUUAAUUCGGUCGUAAAUUAAUUCGCAAUCGCGCAUCACUAGAGCGGAUCGCGUCAAUUGUCAGGGAGACGCAAUUGAGCCGGUUUGUCAUACACGUGUUAGUGUAAGCUCAGGUAGUCGAGUGCUUCGUGCGGGCAUGUGAUAUACACUCGUAUGUAAAAAAAUCUAUAUGCAUAUGCAAAUUUGUGAUGUUUGGCAAAUAAGUUAUUAUAAGUCACUCGAUGGGAAUGUCGUUUUGAUACGGGGAUCUUUUUCUACGAUGAUUAAUAGCAAAUAGCAUUUAUAAACACGAAUUUCAUAAUUUAGAUACGAUUCAAGAAUAGAGAAAUAUUUUAUCGACUUGCGUUUAAUAUGAGAACGGUAAAGUGUAAGCGCUCAUUUCCAUACGAUAUUGUCUAUGAUUUGUUCAAAUUUAGCAUCUGUAUUAGACUUGUAUCCGUUAUAAUAUUCUGUCGUCACAAAAAAAACUCAUUAAUUUAAGAAUGUAACGUACUUUAAAUUCGUUUCUCGGCUUUUUUGAAUGGUAUGGUCUUAGAAUGGAAGAAUUUAAUGUAUUUACAACGAACUAGGAUAAUCCCAAAUGAAAAUGUGUCGCGCAAGUUUAAAUUAUACGAAUGUUUUAUUUUAGUAGGUUUUUUUUCUAUUUUUUUAUAAAAAAAUAAUUGCGUAUAUUUCGUUAACAUAUUAUUUGUAAUUGUUAAUUAAUAGAAAUAAUGGUUAGGAAAAUCGAUUUCUGUUCAAGUGAAAUGGAAGGUUUAUCAAUUCUUAUAUUUGAACACGUAUUGUUACAAUAUACAUUUUCUCUUCGUACAAAUAUGAACUGUAUUCAGUCGCAGUAUUGACGAGAAUUGUGCCCUAUAAUAUGAUCAAUUAUUUUAGAAGAUUCUUCUUCGUGUUGAUGAUGAAUCUUCUAAAAUAAUUCGUAUUUAGUUAUUCCUUGCACCUAACGUUUCGAGUUGGUUACAAUUUGUAAUAUGAUGUUAAAUUGCUCAUUAUAUCUUAGUAUGGUAAGUUACUAUUAAAUGAGGAUCAAUUAGAGACACGAAUUAAUCAAAUACUUUGUAUGUAUAUUAUCGUAAAAUUUAAACUAGCGCGUCUGGAUUGAAUCUCGCGGUCCCGCGACGUGACUGUCGCUAGUCAACACGCCGACAUCACAAACGCUUCCAACACCCCCCCCCCCUCACACACAACCACACUGCACACAUAAACACACUCAUGAUGAUAUUCCUUGAAGAAUGCCCUAAUAUGUUGAUAUACUAAACUGCUUAUAACAUCAGAUGUAUUGUUUCACUAAAAUGUCGAUGCCCUUUGUUAUGGUGUUAGACUCUGAAAUCGCGUCACCAGAAAAGGAACAUCGAGAAUUGGUGUCUUCGAAUUUUUGUAUUCAUUGCAAUUACAUAAAUGCCACCCUACAUUAUAAUCACAGUUUCUGUGAUCAUUAUAUAAUCAAAAUAUCCAUUUGUCCUCAAUAACUCGCGUUGAUUUUUUUUAUACUCUUAUUUUAACAAUGCAAUACGACGGCAUAUUUUUUUUAUCUGGAAUGUACACAGAUAAAAUAUUUGUAGCAGAUUUAGUUAUAUUUUCUAUCUGUAAAAUAGAAUCCCUGUAAGUGUUCAUUAUGUUUUAUUAUCUGUGAGGGAAGUUUAUUUGCGUCAGCUUUUGUGUUGUUUUUUUUAAGACAUUUAUUUUCUUUUUAAUUAAUUUCUAUAUCGACUAUGACCUUCAGUAUUUUAUUAUUCUUUUUAUAAUGUUAUUUUAUAGUUUAUUUUUUUAGGUUGUGUCGUUUUCAUUAUCUUUAUAAAAGUCCCUAUGUUACGUUUAAGCUGGGGAAAUGUUCGAUUUUUGUAUAAAGUUGGAAUGAAUAUAAUGUGUAUUCAAAUUAAACAACUAGGAAAUCGGACGCGUUCCCCAUACGAUAAGAAUAAAUCGGAAACUCUGAUUAUUUCGACAAAAAACAUAAAUUUACCAAUAACCAAUAUAUUUAGGUAGUUUUUCAAAUUUUCCAAACGAAUUUAUCGGUUUGACUUUAUCUCGUUGAAGAUAAACCAUACCGAUAUAUAAUUUUAAACCGUCUGAUAAAUUGCCUUUUACGAUUCCAAGUGAAUGUGAUGUUCUCCGAGAGAACCAGUCCACUAUUCCAACGACGCACCGCAAGAAAAAAAAUUUCAAACGAAAUGGGACAAUUUAUUUUUCUACAAAUGUUUCUUUUCAAAGCUGUAACGAAAGCAGCAAAUGUAGACAUUUUGUAUGCGAACGUAGCAUUAUGUUAUCGUACACUGUACAAUUUUAUUAUUUAAAGAAACUUGCAUUUAUUGAAUUUCCAUUUAUAUAUAUAUAUUUUUUUGUACAUUUAGUUUUGGAUAAAAUCAUUCUCAAGACGUCGAAUUCACGACACGCUGAUUUAUAAUGUGAUACGUUUGGGGUAUGACUUGGUUAUUCAAAUUGAACCGCAUUCCUAAAUACUUAUAAUAUAGUAUACAUAUAUAUAAUAAUUAAUUGCUAGUCAGGAUUCGACUACGAGACGGCAUUACAAAGUCAUAUCUCAAACCGGAGGGAUCGUAAGCUACUAGAUCUUUUUGAUAUAUUUAUUACGUUUUAUACUCAAUAUUGUAAUUAGUUUUUAAAUGCGAGACAACUCACGUAAUUUAGAAAUUUAUUAGGAACAAAUAGAUGUAUAGGUAUGUCUUGAGCCGAUGGUCACCAUAGCCGCCAUUGAACGCCGAACGCUCUUCCGGUACACGUUAAUCGCUUAUGAACAUAAAUAAGUCUUCCCAUAGAAAUGAAAUUAUAACAGAAAAUAAACUUGCGGCGGCACAGGAAAAAAAUUAUGUAUUAUUGAGAAUAAUAAUAAAAAUAUAGUGUAAAUUUAUUAUUGUUUGAGUGUGUGGGUUUUGUGUAAAGAUUAUAAAAAAUUAAGUACACAGAUAAAUCGCUAACUUUAUUUUCUAACGCUUUAUAAAGAAACAUUGCCAUAUAAAAAGAAAUUAAUGCCGACUUACAUUCCUACGCUUUUAAUCUGUCUGUAAUAGUUUAAUUUGUAAGUGAUCGUUCUGUGGUACCGUUCGUACCGACCACGCAUACCAACAGUUUGAGACUAAUAUAAAUAUAACAUGACUACUGCUUCGAUAGUAAAUCUAGGUUUAGAUAAUAGAGUGAUUCGGUUUUUAUUUUUAUAUUGCUCAACAAAUUAUAUUUUUUAUUUGUAUGUAACCACGCGUUUGUAUGUUUUCGUGUAUAAUUAUCUGAUGUAACGAGCAUGUUAUGAUACCAAUGUAAGUGCAGUGUAUAAUAUUUAACAUUAUAAUUUAUUUAUUAAUUUGC